AUGUUUGAAUGCUGGACAGACUGGUUUGAUAGAGAUGAUCCCAGUGGAACUGGAGACUGGGAGACCCUCUACAAUCUUCGUAAGGAGAACCCAGGAAAGAUCUGCCCUAAACCAGUGGAUAUCGAGGCCCAAACUCUUUCUGGUCUCAGUGUGGCUCAGGCAGGUGAUCUCCACACUCAAUCAGACCCAUCUGUAGGAUUCAUCUGCAAAAACCAGGACCAACCCACAAGGAUGUGUAAUGAUUAUCAUGUUCGUUUCAGCUGUCAUCCCCCUUUCUGCGGUGGAGGAGUAUGCUGGACCAAGUGGUAUGACCGUGACGAUCCCAGUGGAACUGGGGACUGGGAGACUUUGAGAGCUCUGAAGAACCAGUACCCAGAACAAAUUUGCGACUUCCCUCUGCACAUAGAAGCUGUUACCACCGAUACACUGACCCCAGCCAUCUCUACAGGGGAGAUCUUCCAUCUUUACAACCCAACUCAGGGAUUUGUUUGCCGCAAAGAGGACCAGAAAUCUGGCACUUGCCACGACUACAAAGUUCGGUUUGGGUGCCCAUGCAAACAUUAAGCCCUGCCUGAUAACGAUGGGGAGAGAAGACAUUCAGAUUCUUAUUACUUUAA